CGCGUUUUACGACCGCUUAUUAGGAUUGCAAAAGCGGGAUUUAUCAAAUGGUUUUUUGGAGGACUGUACUUGUACCCAACAUUUCAAAAAUCAGACCAACAGUUUUCACGUGACUUUAAAAGGUUUAUUUAGAACAUACUGACAAUGAGUGUCCGAAGUUACGACAGAAAACGUACCUAUUCAUCUUUAAAGCGAAAUAUCCAAUUGUUGGAAAGUGCUUCAGGGUGCUUUACGUGUUCUAUAUGCUCACAAGACAAGGGGCUGAGUGAUGGCCAUUUAAAUUAUCUAUCAAAUAUAUCUCAUAAACCUGACUCAAGUACUUCUGAUCCCGAAGUUUUUGUCUCACAUUUAACGAAGUAUCAUUCAAAUGAUGAAAACCAUUUAUGCCUUUACUGUGACUCCUUAGUUCAUCGGAAUUAUUUGAUGAUUCACAUUUCCCAGCACUUACUAACUCCUUCCUCCUCAAAAUCGCCGAGAAUCUUUUCUUGUCCAUCUAAACCUCAGUGUUCUCAUGAAUUCAGCACUAAUCGUUUUCAACAUAUGCAGAUUCACUGGGAGACUCAACAUAGUAGUUCAUCUGAGACCUCCAAAUUGCAAUGCAGUCAAUGCAUGGAUAAAUUUUCUACAUUGUUGGAGUGGGGAGAACAUAUUAAAUUAAAUCUAUGCUCACUUGUACACUGUACAUUCCCCGGUUGCUUUGUGAAAUCACCAUCUCGAACACUUAUCUUAGAUCAUUUUCGACGAAAACAUACUGAUUCUCUUGAUCUCAAAAAAAAUACUUCUUUUCAAUUAUUUGGCGAAACUACAGAGUUAAUUUGUAACCAUCUUGCUACAAUUGUUGCUAAGUUAGAUAAUGCCUCACAAUAUGAUUGCACUUCCUCAUUGACUGUAGUUGAUCAGGCCUCUAUUGUUAACAAGAUAUUUGCAGAUAUGUCCUCUCCAUUCGUCUUUCUACUUCGUUGUCCUUAUUGUGAUCUUACAACUGUUCGGUGGAUUUAUUUUCUGAUGCAUCCUGCUUCCUGUACAGGUAUAAGGGCAUACUUCCGUAAUCGUUGCCAAGAAUCUGAGAAAGUACUACCUCUAGUUUAUCGCUGUCAUAUUUACUGGUGUUCGAAAUGUCAGGUGGUAUCUACAGAGCAAAAAUUAAUUGCGGAACAUGUUACUUAUUCUCAUAAUCCCAAGGAAGCAUCAGUCUAUCGGGAACACUUACGCGUUUCUUUACUGGAUAAUGACUCUGAACCGGUUACAACUGAUAUAUCUCUCAGUACUGAACAGAAGUCGGAAUCCUCUACAUAUGCUCUUGAUUUUUUCCCUUCUUUUUCCUCAAUUCCUGAAGAUGAUACCGAGAAAACUGAAUCACCUAUGAAUCUUGCAGCUUUGGCCCGACCUACUGCAUCAAAGUUAAUGAGUUUAACUAGCCGAGUUCAACAAACUCCACCAAGCAAUGUUCAUACGCUUUCUAUUGAUCAGUCUUCAUCUAAUAAUAACGGUAUGAUAGUUAGUAACAGUUUAGCCAGUAUCCCAGCAAGUUCACCAAUGAAUAUAAUAAAUAACGCUGCUGGAAACUUAAGUGCAUGUGAUGCAGCCUCAGCUGUUGCUGCUAUGGCUGCAGCAGCUCUUUCAGGUUUGACUAACUUCAACAUAAACAAUGCUGUUCCGAAUUCAGUCAGUACAUUUUCAAAAUCAUUAGCUUGUGAUAUAUCAUCUCCAAUACCAAUUCAGCCUAAACCCAGCAUCCUGUCUACAGAAUCUAUAGAUCCAAUUCAAGAUAGUAAACAAGUCAACAAUAACGAUGUAUUGGGUUCCCAGUCCAGCGACUCCUUAGAUUCACUAGAUAAAUUUGCUGAUGAUAACCUUUCAUCGGAUGAAAUUAUUCGUGGCUGCGAAGGUUUAGUUUCUUUCCCAUUCGAUGAAUGUAAAUUCCGCAGUGAACUAUGUGCACAAUUACAACCUCAUGUGAUAGAUUCAUUAGUUUUAAAAAUGAAGCAGUUCUCCUCUUACUUUGUUCGGAUUUUAGGGAAGGAGAAUCAUCGUCGUAUCCCAGUUUGUCCAGAAUGCGAAAAAGUGUUUCCAUACGGUCUUGGUGAUUUUAAGCGACAUUUACUUACAGUGCAUCUGGAAGUCCCCAGAGAACAUUUAAAAGAUUGUUUGCGUUUUACUUAUCUCCCCAAAAGUGAGGAGAGGUUUCAGGAAGUUCAAGAGCAGCUCGCUAUGCGUCAGAUGAAGCCUCGUGUCCUCGAGAUUGGGCGCCGUCGUAUUCCUUUACCAUAUUCAAUACGCGUUUUACGAAGACUGACUGCCCAUCUUCCUAUUGCUACGCGAGAAUUCCUGGAGCAAAAGAUGCAGUUGUACUGUCGUCUGUCGGUUAUAGUUGACACACGCGGAGGGUUUCGGAGGUACAAAUGCAACCAUUGUUCUUAUUCAUCACCACAUGCUCUGGCUGAUGUGAGGAAGCAUAUAUUGGGGUCUCAUUGUGGCAUAUCGACUAAACAUUUUCGCCACUGUCUCCAAGCAUCCCGCUUGGAUCCUGUUGAGUUUACUUUGUUCUCUGAUGAAAAGUUAAGUCGUCUCGCUAGAGAUUUUUUACACAGACGUUUGGUUUCAAAUAAUCCAACCAGCCCAAAUGCUUCACCAAAUCCAGUUGAUGAGAAUCAUCCUAGUUCUUCUGAGAGUUCUACGACUUUCGCUACAUCGUUGAAUAGUUUGUCUUGUACACAAGACUCGUAUGUCUCUCAUUUUACUACCGUUGUUCCGGGUUCCCAAACUAAAGUUACUGUAAAAAUUCGACCUCCGGUACCUCCAGAUUUUCAUCCUCCUAAUUCUACGAGUCCUAUCCAAUCAACUGAUAGUCACAUCAAUGGUUCCCCUGUUACAUCUAAUAUAGAACAGUCGAUAGCAUCUUCCAACUCAAAUGUGGAUUUAGCUUCACUACCAUCUAUACCAGGAAUAGAAGGCGCUGAUAAAGUUGUUGACCUUGCCUUGCCGUUUUCUGAACCAGUUCUCCGUCAUUUGUUGGAAUCCUCUGGUGCUCCUGAACACCAUAUAGAAGAUAUAGUAUCGAAAAUGCGCGUAUACUCAACUUACAAAAUGAGCCGAAUAUGUCGUAAUGAUCGCACUAUAGCUUUCCGCUGUCCCUGUGGGCGCCUUUUUAUCACUACUCGACAACCUGACAGUAAAAUUCGCGCCGCAACAUUAGCUGAUAGUAGGCGUCAUGUAAUGGGUGUUCAUGCUCGUAUUCCAAAUGUAUUUAUCACCAUUUGUUGCCAGGCUUCUCGUAUUACUAGGGAAUAUGAUUUUCAAAUCUAUCCUGAUGAUAUGCUUCUUCGAUUGGCUAUGGACAGACCCAUUAAACUUAAUAAUCUUCCUAAUGUUGGUCCUCCUGACGUAACCACUACUAGUAUGAAUGGUCGUUCAGCACCAUCUAGCUUCGCAAAACCUUUGAAAGAAUUGGCUCCUUAUCCUUCUGUGCCUACAACAGCACUUCAGCCGUCGAUGAAUAUUCACUCUGUUUCAUCUUCACCUCGAACACUAAUCACAGAUGUUGCUGAAACAGACUCAGUUAGUGAAGGGACCGAUACCGGUGCAGCAAGCGGUUCAAUUUGUCAUGAUGAUUCACUUACUAAAUAUGACGGUAAUGAAAAUGAUGAUGACAAAGAAGGCUCAGAUGUUGAUCCUAAAAAGAUGCAGAAAGAAGUGGAAGAUCCACUUGCACAAUUAAAUGCUGUCCAGGCUUCUGGUGCAGAGGAAGUGGAACGUGUAAUUGAUCUUCCAUAUUCAUCCGAAGCUUUAAAAACUUUAGUACAAGGCUACUGUCCACCUAACUAUUUUCCGGUUCUUGAGGCUAAAAUGGGUGUCUACAGUUCACUAAAGGUGUAUAUUACCAGACGGCGAGGUAGAAGAUAUUUCUGCUGCUCUGGUUGUUCCUCAUCUUCACCACAUGGAAUGGGUGACAUUCGAAAGCACAUACUAGGUGUACAUGCUAAAGUACCAGAACGUUACAAAGCUGCUGCUAUGCAUUGUAGCCGCCUCAGUCGUGAAGAUAACACUCUAUUACCGAAUCAUGUUUUACUUCACUUGGCUAAAAUGAAAUGGAAAGGAACAGUGAUUAAGCCACUGUCUGAAAUGGACCUUAGUCAGUUUGGAUCUCGUCGUGCAUCAGCUGUUGGUUUACCUCGCCCCUCAGGCCAGUUUGCGUCUCAGGUUUAUCAACCUACUAUCCAUCGAGAAGUCAAUUUUAAUCGUCCUGAACAUUUUUCUUCCAGUCCAAGCAAACAUCCAGUAAAUAAAAGUUUGUCAAAGAUUUCUACUCAAGAUGUUGGAAUCGCAGAUGGAAGCGAAGCCACCAAUCCAAACAGAACAGCAGGGAAUUUAACAGAAGAAGAUAGGACCAACAACCAUGAGAGUGAAGAAGUGAAUGGAAAUUCUAGCGUUUUUGAUAAUGAUGAUGUGGAUUUACCCAAAAUACCAACUAACAUUUUCCACAAUUCAAUUGAUUACCAGUUGAGCGAUGAUAGUUUUGAUUUAUCAAGACCAGCUAAAAUAUUACGGCUUAAUGAUAGUGUUGAUGAUAAUAAUACUCUUAUUGUAUAUCCAUUACAAAUCAAUGGUAUUUCUUCGGUUCAUAGUUCUCAUGAAAAUGUCCCUGGCUUAUGUAAUCCCUUCCCAGCUAUUCAAAUAUCUAAUACACCUGUAUUUGAAUCACAAAACAAAUCAACUAUUACUCUUAGUGGAUCUAGCCGUCGUAAGCCUAAUAAAAUGCACUUAGUACAGCUAAGACCAGAUUAUUAUUCAGAGUCGAAUUUCCAAUCGAUCCAUUCAAAUAAUCCUCUGGUAGACAAUUCUACAGUUUCCUUAUCAAAUCAACAGUCUAAUGACACAAAUUCAAUGCAUUCUCAAAUAACAAAUACUGAUAAUAAUAAUAGUAUUGUCGGAACAGACUGUGAUCACCUUACUAAAAUCAAUCAUCCACCUGUUAAUUCGGUACACAAUCGUAUAGGUGUAUAAAUAAUUUUUCAUAUUCCUAUCCACCACAAUGAUAUAUAAUGUUUCAACUCUGGUAGUAGUGUUUUGUUUUUUUUUGCGUACUAUGUUUGUGUGAAAAUAAUGAAAUUUCUUCCUUAGACAUAUAUAUAUAUAUAUAUAUAU